CAACUUUUCUUUCUCUUUUUCUACCCACUGCUCGCAUGCACACAUGGCAAGGAGCAGACUGACACCAUUUGACAUCUCUUUGCUUCCUCAUUUCAAUAUUAACUGUUUACCAGAAGAGAAACUGGUUUGGGGGUAGGGUGCUGAGUGCAUGCAUGUCUCUGUGUGUGAGCAAGAGCUUUUUUUUUUUUUUUUUUCCCCUCGGUACCUCCGCAGCUAUAGGUCAUUACACAGAGCUACCUGAAACUGCCUAGUGCUAGUUUUCACCAGCCUGAGCUGAGAAGACAUUUCUGUGGAUGUGCUCCCCAUCCUGCCUGGGCUGGGGUACAGCAACAACUGCAGGGCUCGGUGCUGCUGCUGCUGCUCUUGUCUGAGAACCGACGUGCUGAGGGAUCCCUUCGCCCUCCCCAGAGUGAGCGCAAUGACACAGCUGCAGUUUAAAGAUGCGUUUUGGUGCAAGGAGUUCACCUUUCACACUGGCUAUGAGGUGCUUGUGCAGCGACUGUUGGACGGGAGGAAGAUGUGCAAAGACGUGGAGGAUUUACUUAAGCAGAGAGCACAAGCAGAAGAGAGAUAUGGGAAAGAGCUGGUUCAAAUUGCCCGAAAAGCAGGAGGACAAACAGAAAUCAACACGCUGAAGGCAGCAUUUGAGAGGCUUAAGCAACAAAUUGAAAGCGUUGGAAAUUCUCACAUCCAGCUGGCAGUCAUGCUGAGGGAUGAACUGAAAGGAAUAGAGGAGUUCCGAGAAAGACAGAAGGAGCAAAGAAAAAAGUACGAGUCUGCAAUGGAGCGCAUGCAAAAGAACAAGUUGUCCCACUAUAAGAAAACAAUGGAGUCAAAGAAGACGUACGAACAGAAGUGCAAGGAGGCGGAUGAGGCCGAGCAGUCCUUUGAACGGACAAGCGCUUCAGGCAACCAGAAGCAAACAGAAAAGAGUCAGAACAAAGCCAAGCAAUGCAGAGAUGCAGCAAAUGAAGCAGAGAACGUGUACAAACAGAACAUUGAACAGCUGGAUAAGGUCAGGACAGAGUGGGAGCAGGAACAUAUCAAAACCUGCGAGGUCUUCCAGCUCCAGGAGUGUGACCGCAUCACCAUCCUCCGGAACUCGCUGUGGGUUCACUGCAACCAGCUCUCUAUGCAGUGCGUGAAGGAUGAUGAGUUGUAUGAAGAGGUUCGGGUAAGCUUGGAGAACUGCGUUGUAGAGUCAGACAUAGACUACUUCAUUAAGACCAAAAUGACGGGAACACAACCUCCAGGUGCAAUAGGAUAUGAGAACUACUACAGCAGAGAACCAAACAGAGGUAACAGCAGCCCAACCCAGUCUUGUGGGAUGAUGAAGAGAUUCUCUGGACUACUGCACGGAAGCAGCAAGAACAAUGCUGAAAGCAUCACUCCUUCAGCCCCUCCUCUUGAGAAAGCAGAUGGGGUCUACGCAUCCAUUUUUGUAAACGAGCAAGCAAGAAUCACAUCAUCACAGGACUACAGAGUACUUUAUGACUACACAGCCCAGAACAUGGAUGAACUGGACAUCAACGAAGGAGACAUCGUAGCUGUCAUUGAAGAAAGCGAAGAUGGCUGGUGGACAGCUGAAAGGAACGGGCAGCGAGGCUUUGUGCCCGGUUCCUAUCUCGAAAGGAUUUGAUGAAGAGUAGUCCCAACCCUCAGACUGAAAAUAUUCUACUACUGAAAACAAAGAGCAUACAUGGCUGCUGCAGCUGACCAAGGGCAACCCAUAAUACUGUCCUCUACAUUACCAGUCAGGAGAUAACCAACUGACCAUGCUUUCUUCUUCCUUCCUACCCUGACCGUCUCUACCCCGGCACCUUCUGGCCUACAUUGUCUGCAAAAACUGUCUCCACCUCAGUGAGAUGAGGACUUGGGUUUCUUACAGAGGCCCUUCCCACUAUCUGCACGCUGUGCUGCCAUUAGUGUUACAAGUCUUGGUAAGUCUGGGAGAAAAAUCCUGCCUAGAACUUAACUACACUAAAGGAAAAAGAACAAAGAAGUAACCAUGGCUCUGCUCUGGACUCUGGGACAGCAAAAUAAGGACAGAUGAUGAGCCCAAGGUCUGCUUUUGUCUUGGUUGGACAGUUUCUCUGACACUUUGCUGGGAUUUUUCAUGUUUAAAGGAAGAGGCGAAAGAUGAAAAAAAAAAAAGAAAAAAAAGAAAAAAAGCAGCCUUCCAGCAGUGCUGCAUUGCCCUGAUCUCUCUCCUUUAAGUAUGGCAAAGAAGUGCCAAGCAUUCUCCUUCCAACUUCGCUGUUCACUUGGCUGAUCCUUUCCUUCUUCUCCUCCUCCUCUGGCCACAGCUUUUUCAGUCUGACUAUCUACAGCCUCUGUACCUCCGGGAGAGCUGGCACAGACCUGCCCUGGUUCCUUUCCAGUUCCUUGUAAUGUGUUUGCUCUACAACAAACCGUCUUUAGAGCAGCUGCCUUGUGCAGGUUCAUUGUACUUCACAGAUUACUGCUCUAUCAGUCUUACUAGUCUAGUAUUUAGGAAUGUUUCCAGCCGCCACUGUACUUAUCAUGAGAUCAUUAAAUACUUUCUACCACUCCUCCUUCUUCAUCUUUUAUAUAUGGUUAAAUACAUAUAUCAGCAAUUUAAUCUGAAGCAGAAAGCGUUAAUUCUAGGGCCAGAAUGACCUUGCUUGUAAAGGUUUCAGAUCUUAAAAUUGAACUAAGUCAAGGAAAAUGUUAAACUGCUGCUCAAAAAGGCAUGUAGCAGGGCGGAACUGUUAGCUAAGACAACAGAAAGAAACAGGAAUAUAGACAGGAGGAAAAGCCACAGCGUUCAAUUCAAUUGUCUCAAAUGAAACACAGUGAGGGUCAGAAGCACUUCCAUUAUCUUAUUAUAAUUUCUUGAUUCAGAAAUCAAAUAAAACUUACUGUAGCCCCUUUCUCUUUAUUUUCCUGCAGUCCUUUGCAUAGCACUCUUGUCCUUCCCACACUUCCCCAAGCUAUUAUGCAGCACAUCUGCAUCGAUGCUGAAGGGCUCUUAGUACCUCUCAUUAGAAGAGGCUCAGAGGUACUGCAGGGACUUGAUUGGCAUUUAUGGCACUAGAUUAUAUGAAGAGUAGUGCUCAUUCAGGCUGAGGAUGUCAAUGACAAGUUUCUGUGAAUAUAUCUGAAUUGAACAGUGACAGAAAAAUGGUCCACAACAGCCUUCAACUAGGCCACCACAUUGUAAAUGGCUGCUGCCAGACAACUAUGACAGUUCCUUACAUACAGCGUGAGAGGAAACCUGAAGUAUGAGGGAUUUAAUCCAUUUGCUUCUUGAGCACUGAGUCUUUCACAAAGAGAACUGUAAUAAAUGGAAAUAAAAUGAUACUUGAAUAGGUAGUUAUUUGGCAGAUGAUCUUAAUUAAAGAGGAAUAAAACCUUCCAAAUCUA